CCACUUCUCGCUCUUUCUUUCUUUCUCCCCUUAACGGUGAAGGUGUAACAGUUAUCGGUCGUCCCGAACCGGGUUCAUCCGACACCCUCACCAAUCAAGCUGAACUGAGCUCAACCUCCACACCAACAUGCCACCAAAAUUCGACCCCGGCGAGAUUAAAGUUGUGUACAUGAGGUGCACUGGAGGAGAGGUUGGCGCCACAUCAGCUUUGGCCCCCAAAAUUGGGCCCCUGGGUCUGUCUCCCAAGAAAGUUGGUGAUGAUAUUGCCAAGGCCACCGGUGACUGGAAGGGUCUGAGGAUCACCGUCAAGCUGACUAUCCAGAACAGACAGGCAGCGAUUGAGGUCGUUCCCUCUGCCUCUGCACUCAUCAUCAAAGCUCUUAAGGAGCCCCCUCGUGACAGGAAGAAGGUCAAGAACAUCAAGCACAGUGGAAGUGUGACCUUUGAUGACAUCGUCGGUGUUGCUCGUAUCAUGCGGCCUCGUUCCAUUGCACGGGAGCUUUCUGGAACCAUCAAGGAGAUUCUGGGUACGGCUCAGUCUGUUGGCUGCACCAUCGAUGGUCGACCUCCUCAUGAUAUCAUUGAUGACAUCAACAGUGGCAAAAUUGAGUGCCCAUCAGAGUAAUAAAAUGUUGGAAAUGGAA